AUUCUAUAUUGGAAUACUUCGCUCAGAAACCCUAGGGCUGGGGAUUCACCGUCUACUUCCGGCUCUGAUUCACCCUGCUCUUGCUAUGGCGGCAACCGGCGACGAUGGGAGGAAAAGGAGGCAGUUUGGGAACCGUUUUCUCACCGAUCCGACUCGCCUUUUCCAGCACAACGCCUGGGAUAACGUGGAAUGGUCUGAAGAGCAGGAAGCUGUGGCUCAAGCAAAGGUCCAAGAGAACAGCAUAGAGUUUGUCCCACAAGAUCAGCAAGAUGCCUAUGAGUUCAAUGCCAACGAGUACUGGAAUGCCUUCUACAAAACUCAUGAAAAUGGCUUUUUUAAGGACAGACACUGGCUGUUCACAGAAUUUCCUGAACUAGCACCAAACUUAUGUGACAGUCACAUUGGCACAUGUGCCAACAAGGAACCUGUGGAAAAUGCCAAUAUCUCAGACCUUAGAAGCAGCAGCGGCGAUGGACUUGAUUCAGCAGAGAAUGGUAUCAGAGAGCAUCCGAACUCUGAGCCAAACAGUGGUGACAUGAUCCAUGCACAGGAUGAACCGGGAUCAAAGAAGCUGGAGGAACAAAAACUAAGAGAAGGUGACUUCCCAGGGUCAUCUGCUGCUUAUCGAAUAUUAGAGGUGGGAUGUGGUGCUGGGAACACAGUCUUCCCCAUUCUCCAAACUAACAAUGACCCCGGCUUAUUUGUGUAUUGCUGCGACUUCUCCACUACAGCAGUGGACCUUGUCAAGGCUCAUCCAGAAUAUGAUACCUCUCGUUGUUUUGCCUUUGUCCACGACCUGUGCAACAGUGAUGCGCCCUUGCCAAUGCCAGAAGAAAGUCUUGAUGUGGUGGUUCUCAUUUUUGUGCUUUCAGCAAUUCUCCCAGAAAAAAUGCAGUGCGUAAUCAAUAGACUUAGCAAUCUUCUGAAACCUGGGGGAAUUAUUUUGUUACGUGAUUAUGGCCGUUAUGAUCUCGCUCAGCUCCGCUUUAAGAAAGGUCAGUGUUUGGCUGAUAACUUCUAUGUAAGAGGAGAUGGUACACGAGUUUAUUUUUUCACACAAGAUGAAUUGGAUUUGCUGUUCUCUACUGCUGACUUAGAGAAGGUUCAGAAUAUGGUCGACCGCCGCCUUCAAGUGAACAGAGGAAAACAAGUCACAAUGUACAGGGUCUGGAUCCAGUGUAAAUACCGCAAGCCUCCCAGACAAAGGGAGAUGAGCAGUCCAUAGAAGAAAGAACUCCAUCCCAACGUUGUGGUUGAACCUAUUGAGAUCCUUCCUGUGUGGAAACCGCUCUAUGAUAUGAGGGAAAUUAUCACCAACUUGAUCUAGUUAGAGGAGUCCACCAUGAUUUUGUCAAGGGACACAAUAUUUAUUGACGCUGGCCCACAGUACAUAUGAAGAGUGAAAAUUGUAGGUCCAUGAACUAUGGGGAGGAGAGAAUGCCUAUUACAAUAUUUCCAAUGAACACAGUGUUGUGACUUUCAGAACCCUUCCUACAGUCGCAUAAUUCAGAAAUGUUUCUGAAAUAUUUAAAUGUCUUAAUCAUUCCUUUGUAAAGAACAUCUGAAUUCCUAAAAUGGUGUGGCUGUCUUCUGGGGCUAAAUGUUGGACGCAUAAAAAAAUCUCUUUUAAGAUGUAAUGCCACAUUAUGAUAAGC